GCAUCCAAUUGUGAACGGGCCUGUUGUUGAUAUAGCCAACCUCUUCAAUAUCACGAACCUUCCUUCCCAUCCCCACCCUCGUUGGCGAUCUCUGCAUCUGCCACGCGCUUGUCCCAUUCUAUUGAAUUUAUACUUGCGCGGAGUCAAUUCUUUCUUCACUUCUUGCUCUCGUUGUCCGGCGCCAAUCCUUGCCGCCGACCUUUUGUUAUUCUCGGAAGCACGACACGCCACGAUCAGAGCUGCCGUUCUCACCAACCGCGUCGUCCUCAAUACAAACGAAAGUACAACUAAUUGUAAUGUCCGCUGCAGAGCAAUAGCGACUGCUCGCCGAUCUACCCCGGUCGAAACCAUAAUCCAGCCUGCGACAUUGAAGAAGGAGCGAGGAGGCUGCUACAGCUGCAGCGCUUGGACGGAGGACCGACCUCGAUUUCGAGAUCGAAGACCCUACAACCGCCGACUCAACAAGGCUGCAGACUACAUGGCUAGACCAUUAUAAUCAGCUUCAUAGUCGUUCUACACAUCUCUCCCCUUCGCAGAUUGCUAUCAUGGCACCAUCAACAACCUGCGUCGCGAGCCAACUGCGGCAGCUCAUCUACUACAACAUCGAUAAUAACCUCCUCACGAACGCCCUUUUCUACGCCGAACGACUGGUAGCUUACGAUCAUCGAGCCGCGGAGUCACAAUACUUGGUAGCUCUCUGCCAUUUCCGCCUUGGAGAUUCUGCCUCAGCCUACGAGUUCUCAAAAUCCGCGGGGUCAAGAGGGGCGAAUCUAGGUUGUGCAUAUAUUUUCGCUCAGGCAUGCCUGGCUUUGGAAAGAUUCAAGGACGGCAUAACGGCCUUGGAAAAGAGUAAGGCAUUAUGGGGAGGAAAGAACAGUUUUGGAAAGCAUACAGCUUCCUCGAGACAACCUUUACCAGAUGCCGCUGCAGUCUUCUGUUUGCUUGGGAAGUUAUACCAUGGUUACGACAAUAUGCACAAAGCCAUUAGCUGCUUCGAGGAGUCUUUGAAGCUGAAUCCAUUCAUGUGGGAUGCUUUCACGAAUCUCUGCGAAACUGGUACAAGGAUCAAUGUGCCCAAUAUUUUCAAGAUGAACCCAGAGAUUGAAGCAGCUCUCAAAAUUGGUGCACAAGAGCAAUCAGACUCACAGCCGAAGGAUCAUAUCCCUCACAAGAAUGACCAUGAACGCAGUCGAGCAGCGCCACGGCCGACAUCUGUUGUCAACGAUGUGGCAGAUCCCUUCAAUAAUGUCCCUUCGAGAAGUUAUGGUGGGGGACUUUUUGGUACACUUGGUAUCUCGCAGAAGUUGAAUGAGAGCAAUCCAAGUCUAACUAAUCUUCCAGCUGCAGGAGGUGGAGGUAUCGGCCCCGAAGCGAUGGAGACACCGACGGGACCAAGUGCUUCGAUCGAUGUAUCGGCAGUACAGAAUCGACGAGAUCCGGGCUUCUCUUCAUAUGCAGGAGAGGCUCCACCAGCGCCAGUACGGAAAACUCGAACGAUACCGGGGCUUGGGAUGGACUUCAGUAUGGAUGCACCUAAGAUGAGUCGGGCGGUUUCCACGAAACGAGUGCAGAGGCAGCCGGAACCAACAGAAGAGUCGGCAGCUACUCAAGCGUUACGGAAUAAUAAUUUGGCACCUCCAGCUGGUGAGCGUAAGCGAACAGUAUCAGGGCAGGUAGUUCCCCGGCAGACCUCAGAGGAUCCUGGUGCGCCACAGAGGAGGAGUGUCAGGUUGUUCAAUCAGAUACGGCCAACUAGUACGAAAUCAUCAAGCAAUGUCCCCAAUGUUGGUCCGGCUCCAGGGAGAGAACUGAAAAAGGCGCGGCCACCGAUAUCCAAAAUCAUGCGACCAAGCUCCAGUACAUCGACGGUUGGCCGUCAAGUUAGCGGGAAUAGAAAACCUGUUGAAGAUUCAAUGGAUGUUGAUCACAAGGAGACACAUUCGCGAUCGUGGAUUGGGACCGUUGCCAAUAUACCAUCUCAAAAAUCCUCAGAACCAGAGCCGUCCCGACAGGAAGAGGCUCUACGAUUUCUGCUAGAACUCUUUAAGAAGUUCGGCAGUGGAUAUUUUGCCCUCUCAAGGUUCCAGUGCACAGAAGCGCUGCAAGUAUACGGCUCUUUGCCUCGAAGUCAACAAGAAACCCCAUGGGUUAUGGCUCAGAUGGGACGUGCAUUUUAUGAGCAAGCCGCAUAUGGGGAAGCCGAGAAAUACUACAAGCGAAUUCGUCAAGUUGCACCAACGAGAUUCGAGGAUAUGGAGAUCUUUUCUACAAUUCUUUGGCAUCUGAAGCGUGAGACAGAUCUUGCAUUCCUAGCGCAUGAGUUGAUCGACGCUACGUGGCAGUCUCCGCAAGCUUGGUGUGCACUUGGCAAUUCGUGGUCUCUCGCCAGAGAUCAUGAGUCAGCACUUCGUUGUUUCAAGCGUGCCACCCAAUUGAAUCCCAAGUUCGCGUACGCUUUCACUCUUCAAGGUCAUGAACACGUCGCCAAUGAGGAAUAUGACAAGGCGCUGGUGUCAUAUCGUGCCGGAAUGGCAGCCGACAAGCGACAUUACAACGCAUGGUAUGGUGUUGGUCGUGUCUAUGAGAAGCUUGGGAGCUACGACAAGGCAAUCAGUCAUUUCAAGACUGCGUCGAACAUUAAUCCUACCAACGCCGUCCUGAUCUGUUGCAUCGGAACCGUCCACGAGAAGCAGAAGCAGCAUCGACUGGCCCUUUCAUACUUCACAAAGGCUUCAGAUUUGGCACCUCGUUCGGCAUUGACAAGGUUCAAAAAGGCCCGAACACUGAUGGCGAUUAAUGAGUUGCAAUAUGCUCUCGAGGAGCUCACAAUCCUGAAGAAUCUGGCGCCAGAUGAGGCUAUGGUUCAUUUCCUCCUUGGACAACUGUACAAGAGGCUCAAGCAACGACAGGAUGCUGUACAUCACUUCACUGUCGCCCUCAACUUGGAUCCAAAAGCAAGUCAGCGGAUCAAAGAAGCCAUCGAGCUUUUGGAAGAGGAUGAUGAGGAAGAAAUAAGUAUGAUGGGAUGAGAUAAUGGAAUCUGCUACGCUUCAACGGGUGGGAAAGGACAGCACAUACGGACCACGUGGGCGAAAAAGCAUAAUCAAACGCCAAUCCGGAGAUAAAUUGAACGGACCGGGUCCAUAAAACACCACAUUCUCUUCACGUACCUCAUGGCCCGAGUAUACUUAUACAGCUGUAUCGUCAUUCGACUUCAGCAUGAUGAUACGAUACGAUACCGCCGUCUCUCUUCACGGCGGAAGAACGAACGGUAAACGAGAGAACGAAGCACCUGCAUACAAAUCGGCGUUAUUAGGUGCAUGGCAAUGGAUCGGGAUAUGGAUGAUACUUGGCGGGAUGAUUGAUUUGUGAAAGGUCGAAGGUUGCGCUGACGGACACCGUGGAUUUAUUCGUGGCGUCAUCUGCAGCAAUUCAAGCUGACCCUGCGAUUGCGGGCGAGGGAGGUCUGAAGUUUGUUCAUGAGCGCCUGGACUUUCUGGAGUCACAAGAGACGUCGCGUUGGUCUGGAUGUGUGCUUAUAACAUGUGAGUACGGUUUUGGAUCCUGCUCGAGACUCAGACGCAGACAGACAGCGUGAUGAAAGUCAUGAUUAUACCCAUCCUAAUGCAAUUCUUUCCACGUUGAGGAAACAUAUACAUGCUCCUUGUCUUGACUCAAACAUUGCAAUUUGUGACGUCAUAUCAUGUUGCGUGUGGCUCCGUCCCUCUCAACUGAGAAGGUACGGAAGUCUUAAGGAAAGACAUCUACACAUGAGUUUUCUAGUUCAGCCUUCCUUGCUGCAAUUCCGGCCAUGAAUGCUUCAGGUCCCUUGCCGGGGCUCGGAAUUGGGCCUAGGGCGAUCAACCUGGAUGUCAGCAUGCGACAUAGUCGGAAACUAUCUCCCAGCCAACCUGUAUCUUGGCUGAUGCGACUCGAGGAAAUCAGGCAUGGCUGGUCAUCAUUUAUAUGCUGCAUUGCAAGCUUAUGUUAGUUGCACUAACAAGGCUGAAAUCCUUGCCUUGCGGGCAAGGCAAGACUCAGCUCCUAUUCGCGUAUAAUAGCAGGAGAUCUAACAUAUCAUUGCGAUGUAGUCAAUUUGGUGUAUCUUCAUUGACACGAAAGAAGCUUUCCUCCUCUCGCGAAAUCACAUUUCCCGUUUGCGACCAAGUGUAGUGAUCACCGUAGACACUUUCAGUUUGCUCUGGACAGGUCCGACAGGUCCCUUUGCGCUUGCCAACCUCUUUCUUCGUCCUCGAGGGAUCGAGUUCGUGCCGGCAGAUGGCCCUGAUCAACACAAACCGUUACCACGAGUGAAGUAUGCUGCUGAAAACUCAUGGUGGUGGGUUUGUCUUGGGAUUAUUGUUCUCGAAUCGUGAGUAAACCACAGAGUGAAUAAAAGAGAUGAACUUGACACGC